AUGACGGCGCCCCCGGUCAUCAAGCCACACAAGUACAGGCCUGGGACGGUGGCGCUUCGCAAGAUCAGAAAAUACCAGAAGACAUUCGAGCUGCUGCUGAAGAAGGCGGCGUUCCGCAGGUUGUCCAAGGAGGUGAUGGACUCGGAGAAGGUGCAACCGAAGAAAGGAGUCGUCACGUACUUUGCGGAAGAGGCGUACGACGCGCUGCAGGAGGCGGCGAAGGCCCGGUACCUCGUCAAGAUGUGUGAGGAGGCGAACCUCUAUGCCAUUCACGCCAAGAGGGUGACUCUGAUGGAGUCGGACUGGGCCCUUAUGCUCAAGCUGAGGCAUGGGGAGUGGAGGUUCCCGGUUAAGGAGGGGCCGGGCAAGUACGUAGUGUAA